AUGAUGGACCCAGGACUACCAUUCAUCGUACCUGUAUCGGCAGUCCUGCGUUCCUCUCCGCUAGAUGGCGGUGGUCCGUUCAUUGGCCGAAUUACCGGAUUAAAACCGUUACCACUUACAUCUCAUCAUUCGCGAGGAAGCGACGAACUACUUAGUCAAGCAGCUGUUAUGGCUCCAGCGUCGGACAACAACAAUCAGGAUCUCGCCACCAAGAAAGCCAAACUGGACAGCACCAACACAGUGAUCGGUAUGGGCAUCACGAAAACGUCGCGUGUGGUGCAUAUUCGCAACAUCCCGAACGAGGUGAGCGAAGCCGAAAUCAUACAGCUAGGACUUCCGUUUGGACGUGUCACGAACGUGCUGGUGUUGAAGGGCAAGAAUCAGGCAUUUAUCGAGAUGGGCGAUGAGACCGCUGCCUCGACAAUGGUAAGCGUGUUCCACGCCAAUCCGCCACCGCUGAGAGGUCGUACGGUUUAUGUGCAAUACUCCAACCAUCGGGAAUUGAAGAUCGAUCAAAACCAUAACGUAACGAACGCACUGCAGGCACAGGAUCUCACGCAGUCACCGACCGGAUCGCCGUUGCCGCUAUCGAUCGAACAUACCAACAGCAACUCGCAGAAUGCAAGCAGCAACAACACGAACAACAGCUCCACGACACCGAGUAGCGGUGGUGGUGGUGGCACUGGCGCACCCAACACCGUACUACGAGUAAUCGUCGAAUCGCUACUGUAUCCGGUUUCGCUUGAUGUGCUGCAUCAGAUAUUCCAGCGGUUUGGAAAAGUGCUGAAAAUUGUCACCUUCACCAAAAACAAUUCGUUCCAGGCCCUGAUACAGUACCCGGACGCGCAGACUGCUCAGAAUGCGCGAGCCUCGCUGGACGGACAGAACAUCUACAACGGAUGCUGCACACUGCGCAUCGAUAACAGCAAGCUGACGGCACUGAACGUGAAGUACAACAAUGACAAGUCGCGAGACUACACGAACCCGUCGUUGCCGUCCGGUGAGCCGGGCAGCGAUGUGAUUGCUAGCGCCGGUGGACUGGUGUCGGCGAGCGAUCUGCUGCUGUUGGCCGCCGGUCAACGGCCCCAGCUGUCCCGCGAUCGACUAGUGAACGGCUUAGCGACGCCGGGCGUGAUGCCACCGUUUGGACUGGGGCUCGGUACGCCGGCCCUGGCGAGUGCCUACGGUGGUGCCCUGCCCAGUCUGAAUGCGUUUGCGCUCGCGUCGAACGGUGCUCUCGGAACGCCGAACCCGGCCAACGUGCGAGGACUCUCAAACGUGCUGCUCGUUUCCAAUCUCAACGACGAGAUGGUCACGCCUGAUGCUCUAUUUACCCUCUUUGGAGUGUAUGGUGAUGUACAACGUGUAAAGAUUCUCUACAACAAGAAAGAUUCAGCAUUGAUUCAGAUGGCUGAACCCUACCAGGCGUAUUUGGCUAUGACCCAUUUGGAUAAGCUCCGUAUCUGGAACAAAACGAUCCGCGUGAUGCCGAGCAAACAUCAGGCGGUACAGCUGCCGAAGGAAGGCCAACCGGACGCUGGGCUGACCCGCGACUAUGCACAAAAUCCACUGCAUCGAUUCAAGAAACCGGGCAGCAAAAACUACCAGAACAUCUAUCCACCAUCUGCUACACUGCAUUUAAGCAACAUUCCAGCAACCGUAACCGAGGAUGAAAUUAAGGAAGCUUUCACCAAGAACAGUUUUGAGGUUAAGGCUUUUAAAUUUUUCCCGAAGGACCAUAAGAUGGCGCUGAUACAGCUUAGUUCGAUCGAGGAAGCGGUGUGCGCACUGAUCAAGAUGCACAACUACCAGCUGUCUGAAUCGAACCAUCUACGCGUCAGCUUCUCCAAAUCCAACAUCUAACUGCGAGCGCCCGCGUAUGCGAGCGCCAAACACGGUUCAUCGCCGGUACAGC